GAUCUCAUCCGUUUCUGGCAAUAGUUUUACUCUUAAUUCCUCGUUCUGAUUGGUUAAUAUUUCGUGACGUCGAAUGUGUUCGCGCCAACUUCACCCCUUGUCAGCUUGGGUCCACUACACGGACGGAAAACUUGUAUAUAUAUGAGCGGUUCAAUCCCUCGUCUGAUUGAGAUGGAAACCCGAGUACAAAGAAAGUUAGAAUUUCAAGUCAAAAAGUCAACUCGAUCCACAAGGGCCAAACAAAGAGCUCAGAACCGAUAUAACGAUGAAUCGCCAAGAAAAAGAUGCAGUGAUGAUGAAAAUGAUAAAGGGUUAGCACUAAAAUGUUCUCCAACCAAGAAAUCAAAGGAAAACUUAGAUUCCCCAAGGAGAUGUGGAGAAACACCUACACGCUCUGGUUUACGAACAAAACUGUACUCUAUGCAGCUAACAGAUUGUGAAAAUAUUCCUUCAUCUAAGGCUAAGCCCAAGGUUGCAGAUCAGGUUGUUUCCUCUCCAAUCAGAGUAAAACCCAUUAAAACAGCACCAAUAGAGAAGGAGAAUGUGAAAUCUCCAUUGAAGGAAAAGGCGAGUAAAAAGGCAGACAAGGAAAACACACCUGUAAAAAAACUAACAGGGAUUGGUAAAGUCCAGUCUUCACCAGCUAGAAAACAAAUCUUGGCAGACAAUGAAAAACCAGUUUCUCCUGUACUCAAACUUCAACGACCAAGUGGGCAAGCCUAUCAUAGAGCCAAACAGACCUUUCACACAGCUAAACCAGAUCGUUUGAUUGGACGGGAAAAAGAGGUGGAAGAGAUCAGUCAGUUUGUCAGAGAUCGUGUGUCGCAAAAGACCUCAGGAAGUCUGUAUAUAUCUGGUGCCCCUGGAACAGGCAAAACUGCAUCACUAUCCCACAUUUUGGACAAUGUAAAAGCAUCACACAGCUGUAAGAGUUUGUACUUAAACUGCAUGACACUUAAAGACUCAGCAACAGUAUAUGGCAAGCUGUACACAGACUUAACAGGAAAGUCUCCACCAUCAGCAAAGGACCGACUCAGGGCUGUAGAAAAAUGUCUGACUGCCAGUGGACCAAGCAUCAUCAUGGUAUUAGAUGAGAUUGAUCAGUUAGAAAGCAAAAAUCAAGAAAUUUUGUACACAAUAUUUGAGUGGCCAUCUUUGUUAAAAUCCCGUCUUGUUUUGAUUGGCAUUGCCAAUGCCCUUGACCUGACAGACAGGAUUCUACCCCGAUUACAAGCCAGGCCAAACUGUAAGCCCCAGCUGUUGAACUUUGCACCAUACAGCAGAGAUCAGAUUGCAGCUAUAUUGCACGACAGAUUAAAAAUGCUGGAAAAGGAUGGAGUGUUGGUAAUGGAGCCCAGUGCUGUUCAGUUUUGUGCCAGGAAGAUAUCUGCAGUUGCUGGAGACAUGAGAAAAGCAUUGGAUGUUUGUAGAAGAGCUGUAGAGAUGGUAGAGCAUGAAGUGAAAGCACAGCAGGUGCUCAAGAUUUCCAGCGCAGGUUGCCCAAACAGUCCAAACAAAAAUGAUCCUCCCUUGAAGAAAAUAGGAGUAAUGCAAAUUUCUAAGGUUAUAUCAGAAGUUUAUGGGUCAAGUUCAGCCGCCAACAGUCAGGAAAGCAUUCCAUUACAACAGAAACUGAUUGUGUGCACACUGCUCCUGAUGGUAAAACAAGGAAAGUUAAAGGAAGUCACCAUGGGCAAGCUACAUGAUACAUAUACCAAGGUGUGUAGAAAGAGGCAGAUGGCUGCCGUGGAUUACUCUGAGUACCAGGGAAUUAUCAGCCUGCUAGAGACUCGGGGCAUCACGGCCACCAAAAAAAUCAAGGAAGGCAGAAUGGCCAAGGUGACACUUAAGCUGGAUGAGAAGGAAUUGGAGCACACACUACAGGACAAAGUUUUAAUGUCUACAAUUCUACAAGAUGGACUGCCAUAGGCAUCUUUCCAGAACUUCAUGUGCAGGCAAUUUUUCAUGAAAUCAGAAAUCUAUUGUGUAAAUAGAUAUGUGUCAGAAGUGAUUUAUUUUUUUAUCCUUUACAUAAGUCACGUUUUAAAACUCAUUUUUAUAAUUUAAACGAAGAGCAAAUUUUAUGUGUGUGAUUUUAUUGUAUCAAGAUGAAGUAGAUUUGGAAUGGUACAUAGAAUUUUAUACAUGACACUGCAGAAAGAGUUGUCUGGUCAGUUUUAUGCAAGCAAACCAAGUCACAAUUUUUGUUAUUUUACCAAAUAUUUUUGAAUAAAUGGAAGCAUGUUCUGGACCAUAGAGAAUUGCAUGUAUUUAUUUUUUGUGUGUUGAGAAAGCUAAGAUUGGAAAGGUAUGUUAUUAAAGUAUUGAAUGUGUAAAUGUAUUUAUUUUUGUGUAAAAAAAAAGUGGAUAUAUUUUUUCUUGAAUAAACAAUGACUGGUAUGUUUUGACAUUAUUAAAAGCUGUAUGGUCCAAUUUUACGAUAUAUUUUUGAAAAAUAUUUUAGAACACAUAUUUACAAAGUUUUAUACAGAUACAAAUUUUGUCGCAGUAGAAGGAACCCAAAAAGCCAAUUUAAAUUUCUUGGUUGAUCCACAAUAAAAAUGUAGACUAGAAGUUCCAUGCAUUAAUACUCUGCUUGAGCAAUUCUUGAAAAAUUCAAAAGUUACUGGAAUUAUUUUUUUUUGACAAACAUAGGUUUGUUAAAAAGGUUAUUUUUCUAAUAUGGAUAUGUGGGUUGACUUAUUUGUAUGGCUAAACAUAAUCAAAUCAAAACCUACCAUACAGCUGUAGCAUUCUCGCAAUUUGAUUGCAAUUUGUGGAAUGUAGAUUCCAAACAUUUUUUAUGUUAUUUUGCUUUUCAUUUGAAGAAUAUUAUUUGGAAACAUGUAUUGUCUUUUAUUUGAAUUGAGUUUGUAUGUUGCCCUUAUUAUAAUUAUACACGACAUUUGUCUUCAGUAUACCGUAUAUCAUUUUAAACAAACUACUACAAUUGGUCUUUGACUUCCUAGUACACUCGGGUUUCUAUAAAAGCUAUCACCAUAACUAAGGCAGGUUUCUGCAUAAAAUGUUAUUAACAUGCCAUCUGUUUUGUCACUGAUUAAGAUAUAUGAUGAUUGAAUAAAAUGUUGAUUUGAA